AGUUAGAAAAAUUUGAAACAGAAAAUUGCUGUCUGAAACAAACAUUGUUGACAGACAAAAGUCACAUUGAACAAUUGGACAGACAAUUUGAGACUUUUAUGAAAGAAAGAGUAGAACUAAGAAAACGCAACAAAAGUUUCGAAAAAAAGACUAAAAUACUUUGCAAAGAAAAAGAAGACAUUAUGUGCAAGUGCGCAAACUUGAAAGAGAAAAAUGUAAGAAUUUAAAAUUUUGAAAAAAAUAUUAAAUAAUUUUUGUUUAAGAAACAAUUAGAAAACGAAAUCGAAAAAACCAAAUCACAGUUGGAAUUGGCAAUUAAUGAAUCGGUAAUAAUUUUACUUAAUAAAUGUGCGGUAAAGUGCAUUUUACCGGGUAAAAAAUAAUCGUUUCCUAGUAUAGUCGAGCUACAGAGAAAAAUUGCGAAAAUAUAAAGAAGAAAAUCGCAAGUCGAUAGAAGAAAUCGCGUCGUUGAACAAAGAAAACUAUAGUUUAUCGUAUAGUAUUAGUGUUUUGAGGGAUCGGAGCGAGUAUACCAGUAAUUUCACCAACGAAGAAAUAAGCAAAAUGAACGUAACCAUUGGAGAACUGAGAAGCACCUUGGAAAAAACAAAAAUUGUGCAAGAGGAAGAAGAACAGGCUCAUCAAGACGAAAUCGAAUCGCUCAACAACACUGUUGUCAGCUUGCAGCAGCAAAUACAAAUUUCCAAGGAAAAUCACGAAAAAGACUUGAAAAUUUGUAAAAUAUGCCGAGGAAAAUCGAAAGUUGGAUUCCUGGAAAGUUCCGAGAUUCAAGUGAACUUGGACAAUAACGAUUCGGGCUUAGUAAAGAUUAUAAAUGACACCAAAACAAAAAUGACAAGCGAAAUUGACAAAAGAAAUCGCGAAAUUGAGUUGUUGAAAACCAAAAUAAGUGAAUUAACGGAGGCUUUAUGCACUUGCGAGGAACGUGCAGCCAAUUUACAAGAAGCCGUCGCCCUUUAUUCCAACUCGAUCAGCGUAUUGGAACAAAGCCGAAACGAAGCAAAAUGUCAAAUUGACAAUCAAAAAGUGACAAUUGGCAACUUGCAAUGGGCGCUCGUUGAUGCCAAAACUGACAUUGACAGUUUGCGUAAAAAGAACGAGGAGCACGUAGCAACCAAUCAAAUGUUGAUGGAAGACAUUGAAGAUGAAAGUGAAUUUUAUAGGAAAAUGGCUGAAAAUCUACACAAGGACUAUGAAAAAUUGCAAAAUUUGAAUUUCAACCUUGAAGUGGAACAUUGUGAUAGUCUCCAAGAUGUCGACUCUAUGGAACAUCAAAUGAACAAAAUCAAGCUUUUGCUUCGACUCAAAGAGGAACAAUUGAAAAAAUUAGCAAAACAAAAAAAAUGUUACGAAGAAGUGAUUGGUCACUUUAAAAAGGAAAUGGGCAUGAUGGCCCAACAACUGGGAGAUCUUCAGCAAGUUUUGACCCUAUCCAACGAGACCGCCCAUCAAGAAUCAGCAAAAAUAAUGAAAGCCUACCAAGAAGUUCAAUCGCAAAACGAAUUAUUGUGCUCGAAAUUGUCCGUUUCCGAGCAAAAAGAGCAGCUGCACGAAUCAAAAAUUGCCGAACUGCAGCUGCUGAUCAACAACAAAGAAGUUGAACUGUCAAAGCACAAUGACACAAUCUCAAACAUCCAAAAAACACUAAACGAUUCAAUAAGAAGCAACGAAGACUUACAGAAAACUGUAAAAUGCCUAAACGAAACCGUUAACAAUUUACAAUGCGACAUGAAACAGUACGAAGAAGAAAACUGCGCGAGCAAGCGAAGCUGUCAACAGUUUGAGCUGCAAAUCGGCACCUACUGCGAUAAACUAGAAAACCUAAAACGAAGUUUAGAAGAAAAAACCGCUGAAAGCUUAAAACUUGAAAUGGCGUACAACAACGAAAAACGUCAACUUCAAACGGUGCAAAGGCAGCUGCACGAAACCGAAAAACUGGUGCAACAAAGUCAAAAUUCUCUGGUCGAAACUCUGGACGAGUACAAGCAAAAGCUGACGGACAGCGAUGAGAAUAAUGCCAGACUUUGCAUUGAAUGCGACAACUUACAAUCUCAAAUUUCCAAUUUAACCCGCAAGGAGGCGGUAAAAGACUUGGAAAUUAAACGUUACAGAAAAAUUGUUGGCGAUUUGAAAUCUACUAUGAUGGAAUUGAAUACGGAAUUGAACAAGAAUCUGGCCCAAAAAGAGCUGAAAGGUUGCAAAAUGCCCAACUGUCGUAAGCGUAUCGACAAAGACGAUCCUAAAAGUAUGGACGUUUGUCUCACUUGCCCUUGCGAGGUGGAAUUUUAUCAGAAAAUGGUCGAGAAUUUGAAAAACGCGCUGACCGAUUUGAAAACUCAACUGAAAGACGCCCAAGACCAAAACCAACUUUUAGCCGACCAAUUACAGCAAAAAGACGCCCAAAUGCUCGACUUGAAGCAAUCAAAAGACAACCUAAACCAAAAACUGGCCCAACUACAAUCGGAAAACAAAAAAAUCGACCAAUUGGAAAAAGAACUCGACCGAUUGGGUCAAGAAUUACAAACGAGAUCGAUGCAAUUGACAGACGUCAAAAAAAGCGCCAACGAAAUAAACAGUUCAAAUUGCGUCCAAUUGGCCUGUGCCCAAGAAGAAAUCAGCCACCUGAAAAACGAACUCAGCAAUUAUCUGAACAAACAGUAUUUGUUGAAAAAAGAGAACGAUCAAUUGCAAUCCGAACUCACCCAACUCAACUGCACCCUGUGUUGUUGCAACGACAAAAUCAAAACAAUGAAAGACCAAAUCGAUCAGAAUUUGUUUAAAAUCAAAAAUUUGUGCGCGGAAAAAGAGGCCUUGAUGCGCAAAAAUCGAGAAUUGAUCAACGAGUUGAGGUCACGUGACAACGUGACAGCUGACAAACAGAAACGAGAAAUUCAAGGUCCGAUUCCGCCAUUGCCGCCAAUAGAAAAUCGCCCAACGAAAUGCAAAUGUCGGGCCAACAGGCAAGCGUGCUGCGCAGCUAAAAAAGCGCCCACUUGCGCAUCGCCCUGUAGUUUGGGUUCGCAAGGCCGAGGGGGCGCCACUUCGUUUUACGAAGACAGUCCGCGUUCGAGUCCCGAUUUCGGACUGGGUAGCGAAUGGUACUCGACGAAUUUUCAGACUCAGACGGACUCAGAAUUAGAUUCCGACGAAGAUUAUUGUGUCAACGCUCUGGAACAGUUGACGGAUCAGAUGAGGCAAUCCAAUAGGACUUGGACAGACGGAAAGUGUUGUUCGAAUGUUGACAGGAGGACGAGCAAGCACAAAUAAUGACAACCGGAAAUUGACAUUUUAUAUUUUAUUAUUUAUGUAUUUAUAUCUUAUAUUUUUAUUUAAUCUAACGUUUGUGCCAUUUUUUUAAAAGGAAAAGACUGACCUAAAAUUAUAUUUGUGUUUUUUGAA